AUGGAGAGAGCCAGGCCGGAGCAGCCGCUUCAGCAGCGCCAACUGCCACGGGCGACCCCGCCGCGCCCGCUGCGUCCUGCUCCGCCCUCGCUGCCCGUCGAGGGCGCCUCCUUCCGGGCAGCGGCCGCGGAGCCCUCUCCGUCGCCGCCCACCCCGUGCGCGGCCGCCAUUGCGACGGUCGCCUCGUCGUGUGGGGAACCCUCGGCGUUGAGCGUACAGCCAACGGCACGACGGCUGCUGCAGGUGAAGCCGGAGCAGGUGUUACUGCUGCCACCCGGGCCACCACUGCCUCAGGCCCGGGAGGAAGGCGCUGCCACCUCUCCCGCGCAGGCGCGGCUGCUGCAGCUGAGGCCCGAGCUGCUCCUGCUGCCGCCACCGCCCCCCGCAUCUGAGGGCGUCCCCUGCAGGCCUGAGUUGCACCCGUUGCAGCCCCGAGCGCUGCACGUUAAGGCGGAGAAGCAGGACCCGGGACCCGGCUUGGAUCUGUUGGCUGGGCCUCGGAGGGCCGUUGAGGCGUGCCCUAAAACCUCCAGGACGGUGAAGGCAGAAGGCUCUGGGCCCCUCAACAGCCGCCGGGGGGACGAGAAGAAGGGCAAGUUGGAGGCGGAGGAGAUUGUGAGCUACGCAGCAAAAGGCGAAGAAGGCAAAAGCCUGGCAGCCCUCAGAGAAGGAGUCAUCAAAACGGAGGCGCCUGAGAGACUUCGAGAGGACUGCAGGCUCAGUACAGAGCCCGCGUCCAAUGGCCUGGCCCAUGGCAGCAAGGAUGUCAUCCUGACCCAGCCGUCCACUGCCUUUGGGCCACAUCAGCAAGACCUCAGGAUCCCUUUGACUCUUCACACCGUACCCCCUGGGGCCAGGAUCCAGUUUCAGGGACCACCACCUUCAGAGCUGAUACGAUUGACCAAGGUCCCGUUGACACCAGUGCCUAUUAAAAUGCAGUCCUUACUGGAGCCUUCUGUAAAAAUUGAAACCAAAGAUGUCCCGCUCACGGUGCUUCCCUCAGAUGCAGGAAUACCAGAUACUCCCUUCAGUAAGGACAGAAAUGGUCAUGUGAAGCGACCCAUGAAUGCAUUUAUGGUUUGGGCAAGAAUCCACCGGCCAGCACUAGCCAAAGCUAACCCAGCAGCCAACAAUGCAGAAAUCAGUGUCCAGCUCGGGUUAGAGUGGAACAAACUUAGUGAAGAACAAAAGAAACCCUAUUAUGAUGAAGCACAAAAGAUUAAAGAAAAGCACAGAGAGGAAUUUCCUGGUUGGGUUUAUCAACCUCGUCCAGGGAAGCGAAAACGCUUCCCUCUAAGCGUUUCCAAUGUAUUUUCUGGUACCACACAGAAUAUCAUCUCUACAAAUCCAACAACAAUUUAUCCUUAUCGCUCACCUACCUACUCUGUGGUAAUUCCCAGCCUACAGAACACCAUCACUCAUCCAGUUGGUGAAUCUCCACCGACCAUCCAGCUGCCCACACCUGCAGUCCAGCGUCCAAGUCCCAUCACACUUUUCCAGCCCAGCGUCUCCAGUACUGCCCAGGUGCCUGUCCAAGCUCCAAGUCUGCCCCUCCGUCCAGCACUCCCACCCCAGCGCUUUGCUGGGCCCUCCCAAGCGGACACUCAUCGGCUGCAUUCUGGAGUCAAUAGCUCUGUGAAGAGACCCACUCCUGUUUCUCUGGAGAGCACCAACAGGAUUCCGACUAGUGCAAGUCCUGCCCAUUCCAGAUUUUCAACCUCAACCAUCCAACCUCCCAAGGAGUAUCCCAGCGUUUCCACUUGUCCCAGAAGUACUCCAAUUUCCCAGGCUCCUCCUAUUCCACACUCACAUGUCUACCAGCCCUCUCCCCUUGGCCAUCCAGCUGCAUUGUUUGGGACACCACCAAGAUUCUCUUUUCAUCACCCUUACUUCCUACCUGGACCUCACUACUUCCCAUCAAGCACGUGCCCUUAUAGUCGGCCUCCCUUUGGCUAUGGAAAUUUUCCAAGUUCAAUGCCAGAAUGCCUUGGUUAUUAUGAAGACAGGUACCAAAAACAUGAGGCUAUGUUUUCAGCUUUAAAUAGAGACUAUCCUUUUAGAGACUACCCAGAUGAACGCGCUCACAAAGAAGAUUCUCGAAGUUGUGAGAACAUGGAUGGGACUUCUUACUAUAAUAGUCAUAGCCACAGUGGGGAAGAAUACUUAAAUCCCAUGCCUCAGCUGGACAUUGGAGCCUUGGAGAAUGUCUUCACAGCCCCGACAUCAACUCCCUCUAGUAUCCAGCAAGUCAAUGUCACUGACAGUGAUGAGGAGGAAGAAGAAAAAGUGCUCAGGAAUUUAUAA